AUGAUUGACGCCUCUCCUCCGACCGCCAACGGCACCACCGCCGCCAAUGGCACCGCACAAGACCCCCCGGCCGGUGCGACGCCAGCUUCGACCAUCACCACGACGAGCCCAUACACGUUUCCUACCGACAAGCUGCGGCGGCGACUGACGCGACCCGGCAAGACGCCGCUCGUGCUCGUUGCCUGCGGCAGCUACUCACCCAUCACCGUGCUGCACGUGCAAAUGUUUGCCAUGGCCGAGCGCCACGUCCAGUCCUCGUCGUCGCAGCAGCCAGCGAAUGGGCAGCCGCACAGCGCGGCCGACUUUGAGGUCGUCGGCAGCUACCUCAGCCCCGUGAGCGACGCCUACAAGAAGCCGGCGCUGGCGCGCGCGCACCACCGCAUGGCUAUGUGCGAGCUCGCCGUCUCGCGCACCGACAUCAUGGUCGAUCCGUGGGAGGCGCUGCGCUGCGAGGCCGCCACCGGGGAGCCCGUCUACACCAGCACCGUCGAUGUCCUGCACCACGUGGACCACGAGAUCAAUCGCGACGGCGGCGUCGAGACGUCGGACGGCCUCGGCAGGGUCAGCGCGCAGAUUGUGCUGCUCAUGGGCGCCGACGUGGCCGCUACCAUGGGCGACCCCAAGCUGUGGCCGACGCCCGACGUCGACGCCAUCCUCGGCCACUACGGCGCGUUUGUCAUUGAGCGCCCCAUGCAGACGCACAUUGACAAGGCGCUCGAGUCGCUGCACAAGUACGACGACAAGAUCUGGGUCGUCGAGGCGUUUGAGAAUGACGUCAGCUCGACCAAGAUUCGCGCGCAGCUCAAGAAUGGCGAGCGCGUGCUGGACCUUGCGCAGCCCGUGUACGAAUACAUAAAGAAGAAUGACCUUUACCACGAGGAUACUGGUCACGCCAAGACAAAUGGGGUUCAAUGA